AUGAAGAAGUUGAAGGAGCAAGUUAAGGAGCUCAGAAGUAGACGAGAAGGUGUGGAAGAAGAUGUUAAAGUGGCUGAAAGACAAGGUGAAGAGAUUUAUAAUGCAGUUACUGAGUGGCUGAAGGACUUGGAAGAGUUCAUAGAGCGGGUAACAAAGCUUGUUGAGGAUGAAGAUAAAGCAAAGAAGCGCUGUUUCCAAGGGUUGUGUCCUGAUUUGAUUAAACGUUUCAGGCUCAGCAAAGAAGCAGAGAAGGUCAUGGAGGCCGGCGCCAAGGUCUUGGAAAAUGGAAAAUUCAGUAGAAUUUCCCACCCACCCUUUCUAAGGAGGACGGAAUCCACAUUUGUCGGUAAGGAGUAUAAACAAUUUGUCUCAAGAGAUUCCAAUUUCCAGGAUGUCAUUAAUGCAUUGAAGGAUUCUACUGUUAAUAUGAUUGGAGUGCAUGGGAUGGGUGGUGUGGGAAAAACUACGCUGGUAAAAAAAGUUGCUUGGAAAGCCAGGGAAGAUAAAUUACUUGAUGAGGAGGUGAUUGCUGAGGUAACACAAACUCCAGAUCUUAAACAAAUUCAGGCUGCAUUGCUGGUCAAUUGGGCAUGGAAUUUAGGGACCAGGAGAGUCUAUAUGGAAGAGCUGAUUAAUUAUGUCACAGGUGUACAAAUGUUUUACGCUGAAUGUGAAAUAGUGCGUCUCAGCUCUCACCGUCUCCGGCUUCAAUCAUUCAUCUUUGGCGUCUCAGCUCUUACCGUAACCAGUUCAUCUUCAUUGACGGCUGAAUCAGUUCUUCCAUUUUUUCUGUUCCGUCUGCAACGAAUUCACAAUCUGUCUCCGAGGAAGCUGAUCCGUGAAGCGACAGCCUUCUUAUUGGAUGUUUUGAAGCCAAAUCUGCCUGAACAUGGUUUCCUUCAAACAAAGAAGAAUGUAUCAGUUGAGCCUUUAGGUGCUGAUGAUGCAAGGAGUUUGUUUGAGAACAUUGUUGGUGAUUUAUCAGAGAAACGCCAUAUAGCAGCUGAAAUAGUUGAAAAAUGUGCAGGUUUACCACUUGCAAUUGCAAAUGCUUUGAAAGGUAAAAGUGAUUCUGUUUGGAAGGAUGCCCUACUUCAGUUAAAAAGUUCUAAUCCAAGAUGUGUUCCAGAAAUGGAUAACACUUUAUACUCAACUAUUGAAUUGAGUUACAAACGGUUGAACAGUGAAGAAACAGAAUCACUACUUCUACUUUGUGCUCUAUUUAAUGAUACAUGA